UUUCUGAGCUAUUUCUGCUGGUAAUGACAAAUGGAUGCUGGCAUUGAAGCCUAUUUAAAUGACGUUGCCAAAGAUUUGUCAACAUUUGAAUCAGCAAUUGGAUGGAAAUCACAGACGGAUGAACAAACAUCUACGGUUGUAUGCCCUUGUGAUGAGGGUCAUCAAAUGCCUGCAAAAUGCUUAGACCGUCAUUUGAAAUCUUGCAAAUGGAGAAAUUUGGGAUACACUAAAGAGGAGAUUGUGGAGAUACAUGAACAAGAAGAAAGAACAAAAAUCGAGAUCAACCGUGCACUGAUCAACUCUGAUGAUAUAAUAUCCCGUGUAGUACCAGGCAUUGGUCCGAUACGAACUGACGAACGCUACAAAUCAUUGCUCAAUUCUGAUCAACGACGAGCUGUCUAUGAUGCUGCAGUAGCACAAUGCUAUUCCGGUGAAAAAAUAAUGCCAGAUAAAGCACUCUAUGCAGAUCUUGAAGCCAAAGCAGCAGAAAAGUUAUACCAGAAAGAGAAUCCUGAUAACCUUAGUGAGACAGAAUUGCUACAGAAAAUGAGAGACAUGAAGAAGAGAAGGCAAUCUUAUCGGGCUAAGAAUGUUCACAUCACGAAACGAUCACAAACAGAGAUAAUUCGAGGGGUCCUGGCUGUUCAUAUGGAAGAAUUGACAAAGCUUUGGAAUCCAAAGAAAUCUUCAGAGUCGACUUCUGGGACGCCUAUAAACGAAUCUCAUAUCUCAUCGCAGCAAGUCCAAAAAAAUGAGCAAACACACGCUCAUGCCACCAUGGAUUAUAAUGGCCAACAGUCCCAAGGUGGUGCUAGAGAGCAAAUGCGCAAAUCAUAUGAACCUAAACAAUCCAGAUCCAGAGACUUCAACAGAAAAGACUAUGAAGAGGACAAACAUCACAGAAAGAGAAGGAAGCGGGAUAAAUCUAAAGAUCGUACAUAUAAACGACAGCGAAGAUAAAUGUUUGAGCUUGAGUUAUGACCUUGCUUAGCUGCCCUUGGCUAUUCUCUAUCAGCUGUGGUUUCAGUCUCUGUUCGGAGAAAAUUCUACGUAUUAACGAAACAUGGGACAUCUAGAAAUUGUGCAUUUGCAUCAAAUGAAAAAAGAACAUUAUCGAGUUAGGGUAGAAUUUUCACCUCACUCAAUUUCCAAUGAAUGGCGCUGUGUGUUCCAAUAUGGAGGUAACUAAUUUUGUUCGCCUACUUUACAUUGAGUUGUGUAAAGGGACUGAAACCUAUGGGCAGGGGGAUAUUCACUUGACUAACACAGACAGUCCCCGAACUCAUAAUACAACUAAAAUAAGGAAAAUCUAAAUAAAAUUGUGCCAAUAAAACAUGGUACAAACACUACAGGAGUAUCCAGUAAUAGUAAUGAUACUCAAGUAAUAUCAAUAUUAACUUCAAGUACCAGUCCCCCUAUGAAGCUCAUUUAAUUGCCUAUGGUUAAGCUCUCACUGUCACCUUCCAAGCAUAUAUGGAACACACAAAGGCAUGCGACUAAUGACAACAUGAAUGAAGGAAUGAAGUUAUCUGCGAUUAGAGGUACGCCACUCGCUCAGCUCACCAUGUGAAUUAUAUCCGAUCGAUUAUAAAAAAAAUGGGAUAUACAAAGCCAUGUGACUGAAAUUUGACAAAAGCUACUCUAAUAAUGCUUGAGAAAUAACGUAACAGUAUAUAUCAGACCAAUUAUACACCAAUUGGAUAAAUUUUUGGAUAUACCGCAUCAAUACUUAAAACAUAGGGAUUUACUGGAAUUGAAGAUUUGAUUGACAGCGUAUCAGCAUGCAUGAAUUAUGGACACUGCACUUGCGAAGAAGAUGAUCCGAUAAUUCCUGUUGUCUGCUUCAAACCCAGCUUUUGCAUGUUAAAUAAAAAUUCACAACUUUCUAUAAACGAAAUGUAUUAAAAUAAUUACAGUUUUUGACAUGUAAUAAAAAACAGGGGCAAGUGUGAGGUAUCCAAACGAAAGCAUGUGUGUAUAUAUUAUGCGCUGAGCAACCUUACUGUAAAUGGCACAUGUGAAAGUUUCAGCUCCUGUAAUAUAUGAACCAAGAUGGCGGACACCGGAACAUAGUAUGUGUAGGGUUGCCAUAAUUUUAUUCCAAUUUCCCUCAAUUCUAGUUUUAUUAGAGUUUGGGACUGUCGUAGUAUUUGUACCUGAAAUUAUGGCCUGACCCUACGUAACCUGGUACACAUACUACGUUCCGGUGUCAACCAUCUUGGUUCACAUACUACGGGGAGUAUCAAAGUUUUGAACCCAACUCCAAA